CCCAGAAGUUGUUCCGCGCAGGGCGGGCGGGCGGCUAGGCGAGCGGUCGGCGGGCCGGCGGGCGGACCGGGCCGUGGCUGGAGAAGUUUGCACUGCGGCUGGUGAGCGAGGGUGCGGGCCCCGCCGGCCGCUGCGCGCCCGCUGCCAUGGCUUUCCGCAGGAGGACGAAAAGUUACCCUCUCUUCAGUCAAGAGUUCGUCAUCCACAACCAUGCGGACAUCGGCUUCUGCUUGGUGCUCUGCGUCCUCAUCGGGCUUAUGUUCGAGGUCACAGCCAAGACUGCCUUCCUAUUUAUUUUACCUCAGUAUAACGUUAGCGUGCCUGCAGCAGACAGUGAGACGGUGCACUACCACUACGGCCCGAAGGACCUGGUAACAAUCUUGUUCUACAUCUUCAUCACCAUCAUCUUGCACGCUGUGGUUCAAGAAUACAUUUUAGAUAAAAUCAGCAAACGGCUUCAUCUCUCCAAAGUCAAACACAGCAAGUUCAAUGAAUCUGGACAGCUGGUCGUCUUUCAUCUCAGCUCAGUGGUGUGGUGCUUCUACGUGGUGUUGACGGAAGGAUACUUAACAAACCCAAGAAGCCUCUGGGAAGACUACCCGCAUGUGUACCUCUCCUUCCAGGUGAAGUUUUUCUACCUGUGCCAGCUGGCCUACUGGUUGCAUGCACUUCCCGAGCUUUACUUCCAGAAGGUACGGAAGGAGGAGAUUCCCCGCCAGCUCCAGUACAUUUGCCUGUACCUGAUCCACAUAGCUGGAGCAUACCUCUUAAACCUGAGCCGCCUGGGCCUGAUCUUGCUGCUUUUGCAGUACUCCACUGAGUUCCUCUUCCACAUGGCACGACUCUUCUACUUCGCAGACGAAAACAAUGAGAAACUGUUUAAUGCCUGGGCUGCUGUGUUUGGGGUCACACGCCUCUUCAUUCUCACCCUCGCUGUACUGGCCAUUGGCUUUGGACUGGCUCGCAUGGAAAACCAGGCAUUUGAUCCUGAGAAAGGGAACUUCAACACCUUGCUUUGCAGGCUCUGCAUGCUACUGCUGGUGUGUGCUGCCCAGGCCUGGCUCAUGUGGCGCUUCAUCCACUCCCAGCUGAGGCACUGGCGGGAAUACUGGAAUGAGCAGAGCGCCAAGCGGAGAAUCCCAGCUGCCCCAAGGCUUCCAGCCAGGCUCAUCAAGAGAGAAUCUGGUUAUCAUGAAAAUGGAGUUGUGAAAGCAGAGAAUGGAACAUCCCCACGGACUAAGAAACUCAAGUCUCCUUAAGGCCAAAGUGCUGAGAACAGGAAUCCUCUUGGUGGGGGCCCAACAGGGAGGCAAGGAACCCAGGCCCCCAACACUGCCUCCUCCUUCCUCCUUGACAUGCUCCGUCUCAAAUAGCAGAAACCUGUCUUCAGAGAGGGGGGGUUUCUAUUUCUUCUUGGCUUUCUCUUCUUAUUCUUCCAUAAACCAUUCUCAAUAAAGCCAAAAAUCUUCCUCUGUCACUCCCUCAAGCCACUUACGGCCUCACCUCUGUCCUAUGUUGGGUUUUCUAGAAACCUAGAUCCUCAUGGUUAUUCUUCUGCUCACCUCUUUUUUCUCUUCCUUCAUGGCUGCUGCUUUUUCUUCUUACUUCUUUAUUUCACUUUAACGUGCAAUUUUUCUGUGUCUGGUUUUUACCAUGGGAGGGAGCUAAGAUUGUGGUCCUGUCCAUCACUCCCAGGACCUGUCCAUAUGGAAGCCUUGUGCCAAGGAGCUUCACGUGGGGCUGGUAGCAGGCCCCUUGGUGGUCCUUAUGCGGAUGGGCAGGAAGAGGAGAGGCCUGCCCUCUUGGAUCGUAAUCUCCUUGGUGCUGAUUAACUGAUGAGAUGUCUGAUUCCAGUUCUACACACGCCAUCUUGAGGCACAGCAGCCACUGCUGGUUGUGAGUGCCGAGGCAUUUGGCUUUGGGACAUGGCAACAUGAUCCAGGAGGAUGGUAUUAACUCUGUUGGGUCCCAUGACUCCAGAGGGCUUCUCGUGCUGGAGUUGUAUUGAAACCAGCCUGUACUCACUCUGGAGGAAAGUGCUAAAGGAGGACAAGUCUUCCCACUUGUAGAGCAAGAGCAAAGCAUGCCGAGCAGCAGGCAGACUGGUAACACGACAGGAGACACAGGAGUCAGCCUGGGCCAUUCUCCAGCAAUGCCAGCCGCUGUUGUUUCUUCAACCAUUCACCAGCACUCAAAACCAAACAGUUAGCAAACCUGCCUGAGAUGCACUGGUCUGGAGUCCAGAACCAGCCAACCCUGUCAGGUCAAACUUUCUACCUUGACUUCAUCUCUGUAGCUGCAGAAACACUAAGCCUCAAGGGCUCCACCCUACACCAGUCCCCUGGUGCCCCAGAGAGGGUCACCUGGCCAUCUGCCCUCUGGCCUAACUUGUGAGUGUUCUUUGGAAUCCUUGUCGCUUGCUGAUGUUUAUUGAGCACAACUACAGCUAGGGUUGACUCAAGAGUCGCUCUUCUAGCUGGAUGAGGAUGAGCAGAAGAGCCCUGUUGAUAGAAGUCUUCUGUCUCCCUCCCUGUGAUGUUCUUUCCUGUCCCCUCCACCUGAAGACAAGGCUGCCAGGUCCUUAAGCUGUCUUACGAGGACUUCCUGAAGGGGAGGUAGGCUUGAAAAGGUCCUAAUUAAGAACCCCUGAGCCCUGUGCUGAGGCGACAGGGAGCAGUUCUUGGUGGCACAGGAAUGCUUAUGUCACCUAGCAUACUGGCCCUCUCUUUGACAUCAUGGUAGAGAUCAGACCUUGGAUUUUUAUCCAAAAAUGGGGACAAGGGUCUUUUCAUCAAGGCAGUUCCCCUUCUCCAAGUCACUUGGAGAACAUUGUAGACAAAGUUUAAGUUACCAGUAACCAAGGGAUCUGUUUCCAAACACCACUGUAGACUUCCAUCUCUGUCUGGGGUAAGCAUACAGAAUUGCAAAGACUGCCCUUGGUUUCUUUUGAUUGCCCUUAGAAAGUAGCACAAUAUUUUUGAGAGUGUGCAUUUUCCUCUAACCUUCCUCUCCUUCCCUGACCCUUCUCUGGGCUGCACAGAAGAAUGUUGGUAAGCAGGUAGCUUGGUAUUGACUCAGCAGAGCUGAUCUGAAACCCCCUUGCCACUUCAGGCCAAUAGCCCUUACAUAGACAGUAACUGAGUUCAUGCUUACCUGGCCUGGAACUACUCAUGGAGAGAGUAUUGAGCCCAGCCAGCAGUCUCUUAAACCCACCUUCCUCCCGCAUUGGCUCAGAUGACCUUCUGGGUUCUUCCCAGGCUGUCAUAGCCUCACCAGCCUUCUGUAGGAGGUCUCUUACCCUCAGGUGAGUCAGACUGAGCUGCUGAGUCAUGCCCCCAGUGGAUACUUAGAGCAUGCUUGCAGUGUUCUGAGGCCUAGGGAUGUGGUAGUGAGCAGAGCAGCUGAAGUCCUGGAUCCAGCCACCCCCAUUCUCCUGUAUGUGGGUUUUCAUUGCUCUGUCCCGGGAUACAUGGCUCCAUGUUUCUUACAUCUCCUGGAAGCUUCCAGUGCUGCUGAUGUAUCAUGCCUUGGGCAUGGUACCAUGAACCUUGCGGCUGGGGUCAACUUAGAGUGUUUCCUAAAGGACAAGGGGUGGUUCAGUCAUGGGAGUUUGUAUAAUCUUAUUCUGCAUUAAAAGAAAAACCUCUGAGACCAUGGGGUAAACAUGGAAUUGGAAAGAUCUACCCUGGGUUUCUUUUUAGUACCCUUAGAAAGCGGAUCAGUUUUUUUAAAAGUGCAUUUUUCCAUAAUCUUCCUCUCCUUCCUGACAUCUUGCCAUCCUGGGCUUCAGGGAUGUUUGUGGAUGCUUAGAGGUUAAUGUUAGGGUAUUUCCUUCCCCCUCCUGCCUCCCUGGCACAUUUAUGUCACAGCAAAGUCAAGACUUUGGCAAGCUGACACAAACUGUGUUGCCAGAGUUUAAAUAACUCAAUUCCACUUGAUCCUGAGAGCAGGUUGGGCUAGCUUGUACUAACUUGGGCACUGUGGCUAUGUUUUCAUUUUUAUUUAGUCUAUCCUGUCCCCAAAGCACCAAGCCACUUGUGCAGGCCCUGCAGACCCCUCCAUUGGAGAGGCAGCUUAGCACCAUCCGCCAAGGGCAAAAGAAAAGAUGCUCAUCUACCUCAGUCACUGCCUCUCAACAUCCCUGACUGGUACAGCUGCACUCAGAUGCCAGCAGAUGGCAGUGGUAGGAGAGGGAGGCCAUUUUGGUGGAUAGAGGAGCCCCUGCUGCCAAUUCUCCCAAGUUCAGUGAUGGGAAAGUUAUUUUUACCUUCCAGGCUCUGAUAGCUGCACUAUUAAUAAGUUGCAUGUGUUCUUGUUGAAGGUAGUGUAUGGUUCUGGGGGAAAAGGGAGUUUACCACCACUUAAAUCAAAAGAGACAUGUGUUCUGGCCACCUUCACAGUGUUUCCCUUGACUGGAAUCCCUGGGACCCUAAAGCCAGGGGUGGGUUUGUGCAUCUAGGUUUUCAGACCUCUUUCCUCAGUACCCCUGGAUUUUUGUCUCAGUGGUAAAUAAGAAAGAGGUUGCAUGCCUUCCAAAAAUUCCACAAUGUAAAGUUACAUACCAUGGAAGCUUUAAUUACAAGAGGCUUGCCAACACCUUUGGCUGUGGAAGGCCUUGGUUUGCAUUUCUUUGAUAGGUGUCAGUCUUUCCUGUUUAUUUUGCCUAUAUCUGGGGUGGGAAAAGGUAGGAUUGUCUGAACAUAACUAACUUCCCUAAUGUCUAAGGGCUUCAGUGUCUCAAGUGGAUCUUAAACCCUUAUGGCCUCUGUUCUCCACUGAUGGAAAGGGCUGAGGGCCCGAGAGUCAGGGCAGUUGGGUGGUCUUUCUCCUCUCCUGCUCCUGAGCUUACAGUCUUUUUCCUCAGGAGAGAGAGUGGUGGUUACUGGAGAACCAUCAGUUCAUUUGAAAAACCUAAGAAUAAAUUGGAGCCCUCUGGCCCGUGGUCCACUGUGAGGAAGCCUUCACCAGCUUCCCACCUUCUCCCUGUUUGCAUGAGUAUUAACUACACCUCCUGAGAGGCUAGAAAAGACCACGCCUCCUUUGUGGCCUCACCUCCCACUCAUGUCCUCUUUUAUGGAGAUGGCUGGAUCAGCACAGCCCUGAAGAUAAAAAGCAUUCAGACUUGCAGGCUCUACGUAGCCUUUUAGUGUUUGGCAAUCCCCGUAGAAUUUUUGUGCUUGUCUUAAGCAGAUCUGUUCUUGUGUAAUAAGUGCCUUAUGUUGCCGUGUGGCCUUCAUUUGUACUGUAUGGCCAGCCCAUAGUUGCCAGGGCUCUGGGCUUUGAGCAUAUGCAGCCAAGGACACCAUCAUACCUCACUCAGUACAGUACAUAUAAAAGGGACACGGACCGACAGUUUUUCCUCAUUUACUUUGACACCCUCCCCACAUAGUAGUAGGCUCUGUGUUAUCUGCUUCAUUUCUGCCUCUCCCUGUAGGGGCUCACUUCUGGCCUGCUGGAGGGCUAUAGAAGCCUGUGAGUGGCCCAAGGGCAGGCACCUGUGCCUUGUGCUUGUGAAGGGAAGCACCGAGGUUCCAGCACUACCCCUGCAGCCCCUGUACCCUGCCUCACACAGAAGCCCUGACCUUUGUCUCCUCUCACCCCAUAUUAGAAACAAAGGGCACCCUUGCUGUAACCUCUUCUGAUCUAUUUCACUUCUGAAAGUUUGUGGAAGGUGUUUACUUGUACUUCCUGGUCCAGAGACCUAACUCCUUACCUGUUUGACAGAGAGUUUAGUCCAGCACUUGCAGAACCGCCACAGCUCCUGAUUGGGGUGACCUUGUGGGUUAGUAGCCACAACCUCCUCCCUGCCCCUCACCUGCCUGCAUGCCUGUUCCCACCCUUCCGGGUUGUGCAAUAACCCUCCCAGCCCGUGGUCUUUUCCACAGGCCUUUCUGUCCCUUACAUUGCCCUGCAAUAGGUGGGGAGGAGGGACCUUUGGCAGGGGUAGUCAUAAUCCCUUACAGAAGAAAUGUCAGCCAUUUCCCCAUGUUGCUGUCACUCAUGAUGCUGGGUGGGUUUCUGUGGCCCUCUUGUAGAACGUGUGGCAUCAUCUUAGAAGUCUUUAUAUUUAAAAAUAAAAAAUCUGUUGAAAAGGAGAAAAAAAAUCCUCAGGAUGGGACCUAAGUGAGCGUCUGGGAAUACAAUCUGUGUGAGGCCCGUGGUGUCACCAUCACUCUGUAAAAAUGUUUCAGAGUUUCUUGUGCACAUGGAGAGGAUGGAGAAUCAGCCCUGGGUGGAGAGCCCUGAGGUCUGAGCAGGUCUGGCUGUGGGAGUGAGUACCACCGUCCUGUUAGGUGCAGAUUCGAGUGUUUAUGUAUUGAGACUACAAACCUCACUUUUCAGUUCCUCUGAAAUAAACAUCUGAAGGAUGAACUGAGGCUGCUGGUGCCCUGAGCAACUCAUAAUGCAAAUGUGGACAAGUUGUCUUUGUUUUUCUACUUUAGCCUGUUCAUGUUAUGGACCAAAUUUCCACAAGGAACUCAAGGAAAAUUUGUACCUGCCGUAUUUAUGCUUUCAUGUAAAAGGGUUGGGGGGAGGGAUGUCUAUUUUACUUUUGGUGAACUUUUUUCAAAAUCCUUUUUCCACUGUUUCUGUCUGGUUUUAAAACAAAUUACAGUUUUGUAUGGAUUUUUUAAUGUACAUUUUGAAACAAAUGAUCAAAUAUUUUCUGUAAUAACUGAAUAAAAGGCAUAGAAUUAUCAGUCUUAA